AUGCUCUUCCCCAUGUACACCGUAGCUGCGGAUGUGCUGCUGAAGAUGACGACGGUCGAGCCCCACGAAAAGUUAAAGGCUGGAGGUGAGCUUGUUGCCUUCAGCGACGACUUGGGCAAGGCAGCGUUCGUGUCGCACCAGUGGCUUGCCAGGGACCACCCAGAUCCCGAUUUUAAGCAGAUGCGUACAUUACAGGAUGCCUUGCAGCGCAUCCUGAACGGCUCUGGAUCUCUUUCGUUGGACUUUAUUACGGAAGCCUUGGUGCAAACGGUCAAGCCUCUUCCCAUGCAGGAGUUCCAGGUGCAGAAGUUGUACUUCUGGUACGACUAUUUCUCAUGCCCACAGCUAGAGAGUCGAAUCGACAAAAAGUCGGAUGCGCACCAGGCCAGCGCCAUAACAAGCAUCCCGGCAUAUAUAGCCAGAUGCGGUUUUUUCAUUGCGCUGUGCCCUGUUCUCGACUGCCUCUUCAAGAGCACAGUGCUCACGGCAGGGACCUGGAGCAGGAGGGGGUGGUGUCGCCUAGAACGAGCAGCGCGCGAGCUGUCACCAAACAGCACAUGGAUUCUGAUUCAAAGCGAAAGAUCCAUUGAAGUUGUUGGCACAGUGCUGUCCUUUCCCAGUGGCCCCGUUGGGGAAGGCGAUUUCGAGAUCGAGGAGGAUCGACAGAAGCUGGCCCGUGUGAUGCGGCAGAUCUUGGUUCAGAAACUGCUUCAUUGCCUGCGAGUGGGCGACCUGCCCGGAUUCCGGCGCCACUUCAACCUCCAGACGGUUCACCUGCGGGGGCUGGAGAUUGAGCCGAUUGGUGGUCUGCUUCCCAGCUCUACGGGUGGUGAUGAUGCGGCGGCAGAGUUCCUGCACCAGAACGGCUUGAGGAACGUCGGUGAGGCCGACAGCACGGGGUGGUGGCCUUUGCACUACGCGGCGCUGGCCGGCAACGCAGAAAUGCUGCGAGGCCUCCUGGAGAAGCGUGCAGACGUGAACCGGCGCACGUCAAAGGAUGAGCCGAUUUUGGGCUUCCCACCUUGGGUGUCGGCUUUGGAUCUGGCCGUGUUCUACAAGCACCACGAGGCCACGCGGCUGCUUCUCACGGCAAGAGCUCACCUCCAGGGCGGAGUUGCGCCAGCUGUCUUCGUGGCGGCCAACACGAACAAUGCAGAAGGAGUCCGGCUUCUGUGUGCAGCGGGUGCCAAGCCCCUGGCCCCCAACGCGUUCGGCGUCAGUUCUUUGCGAAAUGCAGCAGCUUGUGCGGCUCCUGCAGCACUGGAGGAGCUGGUGAUGCAGGGUCGCCCAAGUUCCCUGGAUCUUUCGCGUGCGCUCUUCGAUGCUGUGGCAAUACGGGGUGGCUCGGCGGAGUUGACAAACCGGUUGAUCGCCCUCCGGGCCGACAUCGACUUUCAAUUGAAUUUUUCACGUGACUUCGGCACACUGGGCCGGCUGCUCUUUGUGGGGAAGUCCCUGCAGUACCAGUUUGGGCGGAAAACUGUUCUGACCACUCUGGCCUAUCAUCUGCAGGGCAGCACGCCGCUGAUGCAGGCCAUCAGGUCGGCUCAGUUCGAGGCCGCCGCAACUCUGAUAGCAGCCGGCGCGAGACUGGACCUCUGCAACCGCCGGCGCUGGACUGCGGCAGAUUUUGCCCGUGGCCAGUGGAUUCCACGCUUUCUGCAGCUUGGUCUUGAGGGGGACCCGUCAGAGUGCCGGCGGGUCUCCUCGCUCGCUCUUGCCGAUGGCUAUGUCGAGGUUCUUUUUUGA